AUGAACCGCUCACGGUUCACCGUCCAGAAACACAGCAUGGCAAUUCUCAAGGGUAGCGCCGUCUUCACGGCCAUCGCGUCUCUCGGGGCCAUUGCGGUCCCCGCGGCGGCGACUGUGCCGACGACCAUCACGCCCGAGUACCUCGCGACGGCGGGCAACAACACCCUCUUCACGCGCUGGAGGCCGCGCUCGCACUUCCUCGGGCCUCACAGCUGGAUGAACGACCCCUGCGGCGCCGUCUACGACCCGGCCACCGAGACGUACCACCUGCACUACCAGUUCCAUCCCAACCACGUCAACUGGGGCAACGUCUCCUGGGGCCACGCCGUGUCCAAGGACCUCUUCCACUGGACUGACGUCCGCGACUGGUCCAACGACUCGUCUGUUUCCCUCGCCGCCGGCAAAUACCCCUCCGGCCCCCUCUCCCAGUUCACCGGCACCACGCAGGUGGUCAACACCGAGGGCCAGAACGACGGAACCCUCCUGACGUUCGGCACCGGCAUCCACGCCCUGCCCACGAACUGGAAGCAGCCGUACAUCACCGGCACCGAGGUCCAGGCCAUGUUCACCUCUGACGACCACGGCGAGACCUGGCAGGAGGUCGGCACCGUCAUCUACGGGCCCCCCGAGGGCUGGAACGUCACCGGCUUCAGAGACCCCAGCUUCUUCCCCUCCACCGACCUCGAUGCCCUGCUCCAGGUCGCCGAGCCCCACUACUACAUGGUCCUCGGCUCCGGCCUCAAGACCGGCGACGUCCCCGCCACGCUCCCCGGCGCCGCCCGCCCCGGCUUCAUCGGCCCCCGCAUCCCCCUCUACUCUGCGCCCGCCUCCAACCUGACCGAGUGGACCUUCCUCGGCGCCCUCUGGGAGCCCGCCGCCAACUCCUCCCUCGGCGCCCCCGACGUCACCGGCUCGUACGGCUACAACUUCGAGGUCAGCUCCUUCUUCGACCUCGCCAUCGGCAACUCCUCCGACAAGGCCUGGUUCGUCUCCAUGGGCGCCGAGGGCGGCAACACCACCUCCCACUGGAAGGAGCAGUGGGCCCUUUGGAACCGCGGCGACGUCGCCCGCCGCGACAACGGCUCCGUCGAGUUCACGCCCACCUCCGGCGGCGCCCUCGACUGGGGCAUCUCCUACGCCCAGGCCACCUGGAAGGACACCCGCUCCGCCAACGGCCGCCGCGUCAUGUGGGGUUGGGCCAACGAGGACAUCGCCUCCGACUACGCCUUCAACACCUCCAAACAGCUCGGCUACCAGGGCGCGAUGAACCUGCCCGUCGAGCUCUUCGUCAAGGAGACCGCCGGCGUCCUCAACUGCGGCGAGCAGCAGGACGGCUCCCACUGCAUCGAGAGCUGCAACGGCUACACCGCGCAGACCCUCGGCCUGCGCCCGCUGCCCGACGUCAUCGCCCUCCUCCGCGAGGGCGCCGCCGAGCAGGACAUCGAGGUCGGCGAGCUCACCGACGCCUCCAAGUCCGUCGUCGCCGACCUCGGCUCCUCGUACGAGCUGACCGCCACCCUCUCCGGCGCGGACCUCCUCUCCGGGCCCGCGGGUAUCGUCGUCGCGCAGAGCCCCGACGACGCCGAGCGCACCACCAUCCUCUUCGACCCCGCCGCCUCCGAGAUCCACGUGCUGCGCGACCGCAGCUCGCUCCUCCCCAACUUCAACAACGCCACCUUCGUCGGGCACUUCCAGCCGUACGAGAUCCACGCGAAGGGCAGCAACACCACCGCCACCGAGGACCUGACCUUCCAUGUUAUUCUCGACAACUCGCUGCUCGAGAUCUGGGUCAACGAGCGUUUUGCGCUGACGGCGCGCAUUUACCCCUCGCGCAACGACAGCACCGGCCUCAGCUUCUUCGCCGGUGAUGCCGCGCAGCCCAGCGGUGCUAAGGCCAGCUGGACGGACGUCAAGGUCUGGAAGGGCCUGGCGGAGGCGUGGCCUGAGAGGCCGGAGGACACCAGCGUGCCGUUGGUGUGGGACACCGCGGAGCAGACGAACAACUACACGUGGUGGGCGGGAUACUAA